UGCAAUGAAAAAGAAAGCUGCCGGUACCGGGUGUGCGCAAAACAGCGCGCCCGCCGCACGAGCCUCCAACUGCACAAGUAGCACAAAGCGUCGCCCGGAGUCCAGCGCGGAUGCUCGCGGAGGUCAGUGCGUCACAAGGCUGAAGUCUGGCGCGACAAGUCACGCCGCCAUGGACGAGGCAGACGACGGGGAGGAAGAAGCCGAGUUUCAGCACCCCCGGCCUUGUAGCGCUGGCGGCGGAGGAAGGAGCAGCAUUCGCAUAAAAAACUGCGCGCCAGGAGGGGGAGCCGCUUCAUCCGCGCACAACGGCGCCGGCGCUGACCAGCUGUCGGAGCAAACCGUCGCUGCACCGACGGAGCCGCGCAAGGAUGCCGAUGUAGCAGCUAAAUCGCCCGGGUCAACGCGCCUGAGUGAUGCCGCGGGACGAAACGACACCGACAGGUGCGGAGGAGCGAGAGCCUCGCCGGUAGUGGCGGCCGUGACGGUAGAGGCUUGUGAUGUUUCGUGUGAAGCCGGUGGCAGUAACGCAGCUCCGGUUUCCAGCAUGAAAUGCAACAAAAACGGAGAAUGCAGGAGGAACUCCGGCACGGGAAGCCUCCGUUCGAUAAUGUCCAAACAGGACAAACAGGACGUGAAUAAAAGGACAACGUGCAACUCGACAACCAGCAUGGACGGAUCCACCACUCCCGUCGGCUCCCUAACGCACGGGCAGGGGACUGACAGCAUCAACCCCAGCGUCACCCCUGUCUCCGGCGGCGUCCCGGAGAAGAAAGACUCGAAGGUCUCGUUCUCCAACGCACCGAGUCGGAAAGCGUCCUCCUCCGUGCACGGGGCGCAGACCCAGCAGCCCAGGAAUUCCGUCACGUUUCUCAAGUCCGAAGACGGAGCGCAGAUUGUGAGCGAGGACGCCGAGACGCGGGGGAGUCAAGGCAGCUUCAUGCAGAGACAGAUAGGUAGCAUGUUGCAGCCUGGCAUCAACAAAUUCUCCUUGCGUAUGUAUGGGAGUCACAAGGCCGUGGAAAGGGAACAGGAGCGCGUGAAGUCCGCAGGCAAGUGGAUUAUUCACCCGUACAGCGAUUUCAGGUUCUACUGGGAUUUCACCAUGCUGCUCUUCAUGGUGGGCAACCUGAUCAUCAUUCCUGUGGGCAUCACCUUCUUCAAGGACGAGACCACCACGCCCUGGAUCAUCUUCAACGUGGUCUCAGACACCUUCUUCCUCAUGGACCUGGUGCUCAACUUCCGUACAGGCAUCAUCAUCGAGGACAACUCAGACAUCAUCCUGGACCCCAAGACCAUCAAGAAGAAGUACCUGAAGACCUGGUUUGUAGUGGACUUCGUCUCCUCCAUCCCCGUGGAUUACAUCUUCCUGAUUGUGGAGAAGGGGAUCGACUCAGAGGUGUACAAGACCGCCCGGGCCCUGCGCAUCUUGCGCUUCACCAAGAUCCUCAGCCUGCUCCGGCUCCUCCGGCUCUCGCGGCUCAUCCGAUACAUCCACCAGUGGGAGGAGAUCUUCCACAUGACCUAUGACCUGGCGAGCGCAGUGAUGCGCAUCUUCAACCUGAUCGCCAUGAUGUUGCUGCUGUGUCACUGGGACGGCUGCCUGCAGUUCCUGGUGCCCAUGCUGCAGGACUUCCCCUCGGACUGCUGGGUCUCCAUCAACAAGAUGGUGAAUGACACUUGGGGAGAGCUCUACUCCUUUGCUGUGUUCAAGGCCAUGAGCCACAUGCUGUGCAUCGGCUACGGGCGGCAGGCCCCCGAGAGCCUGUCCGAUAUCUGGCUCACCAUGCUCAGCAUGAUCGUGGGGGCCACCUGCUACGCCGUCUUCAUCGGCCAUGCCACCGCGCUCAUCCAGUCGCUGGACUCCUCCCGUUGCCAGUACCAGGAGAAGUACAAACAAGUAGAACAGUACAUGUCCUUCCACAAACUUCCGGCGGACUUCCGACAAAAGAUCCAUGACUACUACGAGCACCGUUACCAGGGCAAGAUGUUCGAUGAGGAGAGCAUUCUGGAGGAGCUGAACGAACCACUCCGAGAGGAAAUCGUGAACUUCAACUGCCGUAAGCUCGUGGCCUCCAUGCCGCUGUUUGCCAACGCUGAGCCCAACUUCGUCACAGCCAUGCUGACCAAGCUACGGUUCGAGGUCUUCCAGCCCAGGGACUACAUCAUCCGCGAGGGCACCAUCGGCAAGAAGAUGUACUUCAUUCAACACGGCGUGGUCAAUGUCCUCACCAAAGGAACCUUGGGAAUGAAGCUUUCUGACGGCUCCUAUUUCGGAGAGAUCUGUCUGCUGACACGCGGCCGGCGCACAGCGAGUGUUCAGGCCGAGACGUACUGUCGUCUGUACUCGCUGUCUGUAGACAACUUCAACGAGGUGCUGGAGGAGUACCCCAUGAUGAGGAGAGCCUUCGAGACCGUCGCCAUCGACAGGCUCGACCGCUUAGGCAAAAAGAACUCCAUCCUAAUGCACAAAGUUCAGCAUGACCUCAGCUCAGACGACUUUAACCACUAUGAGAAAGAGAUGAUCCAGGAGAUCGUGAAGUAUGAUCGCGAGAUGGUGAAGUUGGUGGACCUGCAGCGGCCGAGGGCGAUGUCCAUGACGCCGUCCAUCCCCAGCGGCAUGUUCGGCGGGCCGAGCCAGGGCCAGGGCGCGUCUGCCAUCGCCACGCUCCAGCAGGCCGUCGCCAUGAGUUUCUGCCCCCAGAUGACCGGGCCUCUGGUUGGGUCGGGCACAAUACAAUCACCCCGCAUGGUCCGCCGCUUCCAGGUGAUCCAGAACCUCUCCAGCCCUGUGUCGGCGUCCCCCAUCCAGCCGUCCUACAUCGGGGCCUGCGGCUCGGCCACCACGUCCAGCCCGCCCGUGCAGAGCCCACUGGCGGCGGCGGGCACUCGGACCUUUCAGUACGGCUGCGGCUCCUUGGGCGGGCGCACAGGUUCCCAGCUGUCGCUCGUCCAGCACCACGUGCCCAGCCCAACGCGGGCCACGCCGCACAAGAGCACCCACUCCCUGCAGCGCGGGGGCGAGCUGAGCCAGGACGCCCGGGCCCUGUCUGCAUCGCAGCCCUCGCUGCCCCAGGACGGCGCGCCGGCCGCGGACCCCGGCACGCCGCCCUCCACCCACGUCUCUUCCAUCUCCGUCGGGAUGCCGCAGGUGACACAACCUAGCGUCCCCGGGCCCUCCGGAGUACGGAGUGCCGUGCCUCAGAGGAUGGCGUUGCCCCACCAGGUGUCAGGGGCUGGGCCUUCGUGCCCCUCAACUCCGCCCCCUAUGGGCACUUCACCAGGGGUGGGCGGGGCAGUGGGAGUGGGACCAAGUCCUCUUGACCCAGUAUUGCACAAGAAAGGUUCUAUAGUUAGCCUCCCUGAGACAGACUUCAUUUCCAGAUCCAGGCUGUCCUCAAACCUCUGACCAAAACACCAGCGAGCUGUGUCAUUGUAAGUCAUAAUAGACUCUGUUCCCCAGAUUUGGUUUUCUCUACACACCAGAGCCUUCUAGAGGUGGAGUAUCUGGUGCAUAGCUAAUGAUAGGUAUCAAAGAGGACAUAGACAAACCUGUUACUACAAGAUAAUUACGUUGCUGCUGUAACUAGAUGGAAGAAGUGGGAAUAUUUUUAGUUGGCCCACUCAUGCAGUCACUUUUGCAUUCUGCUACCAGCCCCUCCCUCGCCGUCUUUGUUUUGAACAGUGUUAGGGUGAAAUGUUGUGUGUUACUGCUGCGUAUGUACAUCCACAGCAUUGGAGUCUGUGCAGUGCAGUCUGGUCUGAGCUACAACUUGCCCACAAUCAGGGACUUGCAUCACGUGACAAUGAUGAACCUUUUAUGCUUUGCAGAAGUGUUUUGAGUGUUCCUCUCCCCUAUAUAAGCUAUAAUUGUAGCAAACUAAUACCUGUUCUUCAUGUACUUCAUAAAUAUCAGUGAAAAUAAGAAUUAUAGACCGCUGGUCGAUCUUACAUCGAUAUGUAAAUAGGAUAAAUAUUAAAAAGAAAGAAGAACAUAUUUAUUCAAAAACCAAAGUUGAGCUUGAACACAAGGUUUGGUUGUGUCUGUGUCAACUGAGUAAAUCAAACGAAAAAGAAACAAAAGAAGCGCCAUUUAUUUAACUGCCUUGAGUGUAGAAGCCAUAUACGUGGUCUCUGUGUGU